GAGUCGGACUCGGAGAGGCAGAGUGGAACAACGGCGAGGAAAAGGGAGGACGGCCAGGGCUCCGAGGUACACAGGGAUGUACAGUAAACACAGGCAGAAAAAGGCCGCGAUCACCCCGGAAAGAUGUGGACUUUUACUCUUCUUCGUCUCUUUUCUGCUGCUGAAUGGCGUCCUGGACGGCGCGCGCGAAGACGCCGGAGGACACGGGCCACGCAGAGGAAGGACAGUGGUGGCUCGAUGGCUGUCUGAAGGACGAGCGAAAAGGGAGGCAGACACCCUAAAACAGGAGGCGCACCCAGCCAGGGGAGAGAUACUGCUCUCCUCCACUGACCUCCAGCUGGUGCUGCAAGUGGAACGAAAUCAUGAACUUCUGGGAGCCGACUUCACGGAGAGCUACUACACAGAUGACGGACAGCUGGUGACUGUGAGCGACCACAAUUACACAGAUCACUGCUUCUAUCACGGCCACGUGAGAGGACAUCCUGAUUCGUGGGUGGCUGUCAGCACUUGCUUCGGAGUCAGGGGUCUGAUAUCUCUGGACUCUAAUGUCACCUACUACCUGGAGCCGAUAGGCAGAGAGGAUCCUCAGCACCACUCUCUGCAGCACACAGAGGAACUGACCGUUCAAGGGGGGAGCUGUGGUCACACCCAACACACAUCGGAGUCCGGUCACGUCGCCAGCCUCCUCAGACCAUUUUACUCGAGGGUGAAGAGAAACACCUGGGGCACCACCAAGUACAUGGAGCUCUACAUCGUGGCCGACAACACACUGUUCAGAAGACAGAAUAAAGACUACGAGAGAACCAAGACGAGGAUCAUGGAGAUUGCCAAUUAUGUGGACAAGUUCUACAGAGCUCUGAAUAUCCGAGUGCCACUGAUCGGACUGGAGGUGUGGACGGACAGGGAUCAGUGCAUCGUGAACGAGGAGCCAAACGCCACACUCUGGUCCUUCCUACAGUGGAGACAGAAACUGAAGUCCAGAAAGAAGCAUGACAAUGCCCAGCUGUUGACUGGUGUUAUUUUUAAGGGGACGACCAUCGGCAUGGCACCUCUGGAGGGGAUGUGCAGUCUGGAAAACUCUGGUGGAAUCAAUGUGGACCACUCAGACGUCGCCAUCGGUGCCGCUGCCACCAUGGCCCAUGAGAUUGGACACAACUUUGGAAUGAGCCACGACCACGACGGCUGCUGCGUGGAAGCCACCGCUGAGCAGGGCGGCUGUGUGAUGGCCGCCGCCACCGGUCAUCCGUUCCCUCGCGUCUUCAGCCGCUGCAGUAAGCGUGACCUGGACAGCUAUUUCCAGAAGGGAGGUGGCAUGUGCCUCUACAACAUGCCCAACAUGAAGGACCUGGUGGGAGGCAAGAAGUGUGGCAACGGCUUCGUGGAGGACGGAGAGGAGUGUGACUGCGGAGAACCUGACGAAUGCACCAACGACUGCUGCAACGCCAAUAAUUGCACUUUGAAAGAAGAGGCUCAGUGUGCACAUGGAGUGUGCUGCGAGGGGUGCAAACUGAAGCAGGCGGGCACAAUGUGCCGUGGACCAGCAGGAGCCUGUGACCUGCCAGAAUACUGCACAGGAGCGUCUCCAUACUGUCCCACCAACGUCUACCUGCUGGAUGGCUCGUCCUGCCAGUAUGGCGUGGCCUACUGCCACAACGGCAUGUGCCUCACCCAUGAGCAGCAGUGUGUGCAGCUCUGGGGCUACGGAGCCCGACCAGCUCACGACGCCUGCUUUGAAGAUGUCAACGCUGGUGGGAACGCUUUUGGAAACUGUGGCAAAGACCAGUAUGGAAACUUCACGAAAUGUGCGAAAAGUGAUGCCAAGUGUGGUAAGAUCCAGUGUCAGAGCGCAGCAAAGAAGCCCAAAGGCACAAAUGCAGUGCCCAUCGAUACCACCAUCAAGACAGGUGGCAUUGAGGUGAAGUGUCGCGGCACAUACGUCUACAGCACCCAGGACGGCCAGGGGGACCUGCCGGACCCAGGCCUCGUCAUGACAGGCACCAAGUGCGGCGAGGGCAAGGUGUGCCGAGACCGCAGGUGCCAAGAAACCUCCUUCACCGAGCUGGAGACUUGUAUCGCACGCUGCCAUGGCAAUGGGGUGUGCAACAGUAAUGGGAACUGCCACUGCAAUCGUGGCUGGGCCCCGCCCUUCUGCGAGAAGCCUGGCCUUGGAGGAAGCGUGGACAGCGGGCCGAUCCAAUACGACAGCCAAGUGGGGCUGGUGGUGGGUCUUCUGUUUGCCUUCCUGGUGGUCCUGCCUGCCGUGCUGCUGCUCUUCUACUGCUACAGGAUCAAGACGUCUUACUUUCACAAGUGGCUUUCCCAGCGAGAGAAGAACAAGAAGAACAAAGCGGAGGCAGCGCUGGAGAAUGGCAAGAACGGCCAUCUGAAUCCAGCCUUCCACCUGAAGGUGGUCGCUCCAGUCAACAAAACCAGCGGCCAGAAGGGGCAUCCUCACACCAGCAAAGAGCUUCUGCCCCUCAGACCAGCUCCGGUUCCAGCUGGUCAUCAACCGGUCAACAUCGUGAGACCUCUGAGACCGGCACCAUCAGCCCAGGCGGGCGUCGGGGGAAACAAGGCAGUGCGCCCGCCUUUACCUGUCGGAAAGCCCCCGGCAGCACCGUCCAAAUCACCCCCAGUGCUGCAGAGACUCAGCCCACCGAGGAAACCUCUGCCCCUCAACCCGACCCGUCCCCCACUGCCUUCGGCACCACAGACCAGACCGUCACCCUUUCCCCCUCAGCGACCUCUACCCCUCAGCCCGGCGAGAGGAGCCUCUCCGGCGACGAGUCCAGCUCGCAUCUCAACCUCAAAACCCUCCUCGGGCCUGCUGGUCAUGAUGCCGCCAGCAACAGGACCCAAGCCCGUGGGCAAAGUCACAGCCAUCCCUCCCCUCAGAGCUCUCAGACCAGUCCCAGGUGCCAAACCAAACACAGCCUCACAGUCACCAGGAAAAUGACCUUGCGGACCGGCCGUCCGUGGAGCCAGCAGCUGACAGCCUAUUUGCACUAAAGGGACAUUUAGCUGGCGAAGCACUGCGCUGUCACACACCGAGCCGGAGCCCAGUCAGAACUGUGGUCAAACGCCACCGGAUCACGUGUGACUCCUGGACACCAUGGAAACCACAUCGACGCAGAUCUGCAGAGACUGUGCAGACUGAGGAGAGUGUUCUUGCUGGGGAACACCCACACUUGCCAAAUCAACUUUUUUUUUUAACAACUUCUCGUCAUUCUUUUUUUUUAAUGCUCUCUGUGUUUUGUAACAAGUGUUUACAGUUUUUUUUUACAAUCACUAGUUUUGAUUUUUGUGCCAAAGAGGUUCCUCUGUAAGCCGUGUCGGGAAAAGCUUGAAGACUUAUGUUUACCACUUACCUUUAGUUUCUUUUAUUUAUUGUGCCAUGUCCGCGGUGUUGGUGGAUUCAGAUGCCUAACAGGGCCGAUAAUCACUUAGCAGCUUGUUUACAUGCUGGAGGAGGCUCCUCUGUUCCUCUCGUACAUGCGAUUGUCUUUUGCUGUCUGUCAA